ACAUGAGUAUUGCAAUUGCUGGGAAUAUAAUAUAUUUGAACAAUGCCAUUUCGUUAACGUUACUGACAAGAGGAACCGGACAUGUUUCCAGAUUUAUUUUUGUGAAGCAGGAACACUUUUCCAAAUUUCACCAGCAACAAGGGUGAGUUGCCAGAGAUAUGACUCAUCUUUGAUACAUAAGAUAGAGAGAAAGUAUACAAAAGUACUCUCGUGGAGCAGUGAGGCAGUGCAGAUGGUUCUUUUAGGUCUUGUGGUGAGAGACACCUGCAUUUGUGUCACAUGGACUAUCAGCACAGGAUGUGGGAGGUGAUACCCCAUUCAGUGCCAUACUUCGUAUCUCACUGCAGGCAGCACAGAUCCUCUGGGGCUAUCACAACAGUUUAUAUUGUACAUCAUUCUACAUCGGCUCAGAGGUGGCAACCAAAAGAUCUAUGGCCAGGCCUCGUGUCGGGCUUCAUCAGGAAAGUGUAUUCCGGGGCUGGCGAGAGUGUCCAUGUUGAUCUUUCUCACCAGUGUGAGAAAAAAUCUUGGGUGGAGCGUACUGUAAGAGCAUCAACUCUUUUGUAGACGACUUCUGCACUGAGAAGGGAGAUCAGUUCUUUCAAGACACUACGACUGGAGCUAUUGUAAAGCUUUAUGCAGCACUCACUACUUGGGACCUGCUUUGUAUAAAAACUUGGCAUUUUUAUUGGCGGCACCAUGAGUUCCAUAAAAUGUGUUCUUGUGGGCGAUAUAAAAGUUGGGAAGACAUCAUUGUUGGUGCGGUUUACAUCAGAGUCGUUCCUUGAUGCCUACAGACCCACAGUUUAUGACAACACUGGGGUGGACGUAUUUAUGGACGGAACUCAGAUCAGUUUGGGACUCUGGGACACGUCAGGAAACGAUUCAUUCACAGGGAUUCGUCCUCUUUCCUACCAGCAGGCCGAUGUGGUAUUAAUAUGCUACUCUGUGGGAAACCCUUUGUCAUACCUGAAUGUUAAGAACAAAUGGAUGCCAGAAGUCAGAUACUAUUUACCUAAUACUCCAGUUGUGGUUGUCGCCACUCAGACAGACUAUCGUGCUAUGGGAACGUCCCGUACCAUCACCACAGUUGAUGGGAGGAAGCUGGCAAAAGACAUCGACGCACAGAGUUACAUGGAGUGCUCAGCACUUCACAACAGAGGGGUGCAAGAAGUGUUUGAACGUGCAGUGAGAACUGCUUUCAGCCACAUCAACAAGCAAAGCAGGAGGAGGAUUAGAGACUUUAUACCCUUGAAUAGGUGUGUAAUAACAUGACUCCUGUAUGACUGUCUUUAAUAUGUUUUUCACCAAAUACUAAAGAAGCUGACAACAAAUCGUUUUCAAGCUGGUCACAGUGCCAUGUGGACAGUUGUGCUCCUGUUCUCCCCCAUGCCUUUGUAUCCUUAUGAAUACGGCUUUCAUUCAUUAUUAUGGAACUGACGCUUCCUCCAAGAAUGUUAACACAACGCAAUUUGGCAGCUGUGGACUCUCAGGAGUUUGUUCACUAAGGACACAAGGCAACGGACUGUGUUGCAUAUUGCUAACUGUAUAUAGUAUGAAUUGCUUCUGUCUCCAACCUAGCUGGAUCUUUUAAGAUUUGGUAAUUGACUGCAAUUUUGUACUUUUGUAGAGUAUAUCAAUUGUACUGCAGACACAGGAAAAGAAUAUUCAGCAGUCAUAUCUUUUAUUAUCUAUGAUAUUUAAUAACUUUAUACUUAGUUCUAUUUUAUAUUCACCAAUGUCUGGUGAACCACAUGUACAUGUUGUAAAAUGCCGUUUUGUGUUAGUUUACCAGUUUGACAACUGCUAAUCAAUAAAUUAACUGGCUUUUUAAC